GUCCCUCACAAAACACCACCACCAAGCAGUGUACCACCACUCCCACACAACCCUCGCCGCAGCUGUAUCUAUUGCUCCCCGCGCGUACUCCCCUACCACAACCAUCAUGUCUGCCCAGGAACGCGCCCAGCAGAUGCUGUCGCAGGUCGACAAAGAGCUCUCCAAAUACCCCGCUCUCAACAACUUCGAGAAGUCGACCUCUGUUCCCAAGGUCUAUGCCGUCCUCGGUCUUGCCGGCCUAUACUUUUUCCUCAUCUUCUUCAACAUCGCCGGCGAGUUCCUCGUCAACAUUGCCGGAUUCAUCAUCCCCAGCUACUACUCGCUGAACGCUCUCUUCAGCGCCAGCAAGGUCGACGACACUCAGUGGCUCACGUACUGGGUCGUUUAUGCCUUCCUGACUGUCUUUGAGAGUGCUGUGAGCGCCGUCUACUGGUUCCCCUUCUACUACACCUUCAAGUUUGUCCUUGUCCUCUGGAUGGCUCUUCCCCAGACUGCUGGCGCCCAGAUCAUCUUCCGCUCUUUCCUCCAGCCCGUCUUCUCCCGCUACUUCUCCGAGGCCGGCUCUACCGCUGCCAACCUCCGUGCCAAGGUCGACUCUGCUGGCAAGCCCCAUGCUUCCUAGAGCAGCUGGCUUGACAGGGUGUUUCUAACAGCCACAUAACUAGACCGAGGAAAGGCAGCCCAGCGCGACGGGACAGAAGCUGUACAAUCAACAAACACAGCACCCGGUUCGAAGAAUGCAGCUAUGACGGCUUAGGAACGCCACACAAAGGACAAACCACGACUUGCGAGACGUUUGGAUGAUAUUGAUGUUAAUGGACCGAAGCGAAAGAUAUCCCUGCGAAUGGCCAUCAAGUGCCCGUGAACCUAAUUAUUUUAGCCUAUGGAUUGUUUUUGGCUUGUUGGUCCUUCUGAAACUUUAGGGAAUGACUGUAAUCAACGACUAUGAAUCAUACAUGACCGCAGCG